AUGGCUAAUUCGACGUGGCAUUUAUUACCAUCUGAUCUGUUGGAGCUUCAGAUUGGGCAAAUCGAUCUACUGAUGGCCAUGUAUCCAGAGGAUAUCACGCUUGACAAUCAUGGAGCACAAGCACUCGAUACUCUACGCAUCGCCGUUGAUGAUGGCGGGUCUGUUGACUAUAGUGUCGCGCCUGUGGUAUCAAUGACACUGCAGCUGUCUAUCAAGGAGGGUGUCGGUGCGACAGGGGUAUCGAUACAGCUUGACCUGACUGUACCGUUUACCUUUGAAACCCCCCAGAGUCCUGACGAACCACCGGAAAUCAAGGUCCGGAUCCAGCAGCCAUCUUGGCUGAGCAGAGCUGCCACAAAUCAGCUCCAGGAUGCGGUGCCUGAAGAGAGUGACUUGCUCAGCACCAUCGAACACAUCAGAGACGCAGCCGUAAAAGCACACGAGGACACCCUCCAAACACAAACGACCGCAACUGCAUCUGACUUCGAUAGUGGACCCCUCGUACGAGUCUGGUUUUACUUUCCCUCUAUCAGCACGCGCUCCAAGCGUGACGACUUCAUCAAGUUUGCUCCUGCAUACAACCUCACCGGUUUCUUAUUCGCUGGCAAACCAGGCUUGUUGUGCGUGGAAGGCGGCUCCCAAAGCAUCGACGAGUAUAUGCGCUUCAUCAAGACUGAGAGUUGGGGUGACAUCCCAGCGCACCACAAAAAGGUCAGCGAGCGCUAUCGCGAGACCGCCGAGAGAGUCUUCAGCAACAUGUCCGAAAUUACGGACACAGUGGGCGAGAGAAGAGGUCAGAGACAAAAUCGAGGCGACAUGAAGGCCGUUGAGGAAUGGCUGGAUGAGAGGGGCUUGAAGGAGGCGCUGACCAAGGUGCUGAUGUGA